AUGCAUCCUCACUUGCACACUAAGGACAAUGCCGCCUGCCACGACGUCAUGAUCGCCUUCGAGGAAUGCCACGCCCGCGGCUUCCUGUGGAAGUCCAUGGGCAUGUGCAACGAGCUCAAGGAGGAGCUGGCGUCCUGCCUGCGGGCCGAGCGGUUCAAGACCCAGAAGAUGAACCAGAACAGCGUGGCGGACAAGAAGGCCGUUAUCCGGCAGAAGUGGAAGGAGAUUGAUGAGAACUCCUAA